GCGGGGCGCAGCCGUAGGCAAUGUCGCCGCGGACUUGGGGCUGCCCGCGGCCGCUCUGUCCCUGCGGAACUUUCGCCUCCUUUCCAGGCCCGGCGAGCUCUACUUCGGGGUGGACCCGGCCAGCGGCAGCUUGGUGGUCCGAGAGCCGGCGGACCGCGAGCGGCUGUGCGGGGCCAAGGUGGCCUGCGUCUUGACCUAUGACCUGGUGCUCGAGGACCCGCUGGAGCUGCACAAGAUGCGCGUUCACGUCUUGGACACCAAUGACAACUCCCCUCUCUUUCCUGCCGGCGACGCACAGUUGCACAUCCCGGAGUUCCUGACGCCCGGAGCCCGCUUCACCCUCCCGAACGCCCAGGAUGCCGACGAGGGGAGCAACGGGGCGCUAAGCUACAGCCUGAGCCCCAGCCCGCACUUUCGCCUGGACGUGGGGUCGCGGGCCGACGGCAGCGAAUACCCGGAGCUGGUGUUGGAGAAAGCGCUGGAUCGCGAGCAGCGCGACACCCACCUGCUGGUGCUCACGGCUCGGGACGGCGGGCUGCCAGCGCGCUCCGGGGACGCGCGAGUCACCAUCGUGGUGGUGGACACAAAUGACAACGCGCCUGUAUUUGAGCACUCUGUCUACCGCACCCAGGUCCCAGAGACUGCCCCCAACGGGACCGUGUUGUUCCGAGUUCAAGCCUCCGAUCCGGAUGAAGGCCCCAAUGGGGAAGUCCGAUACUCCUUAAGCAACAGCACGCGAGCAGAGCUGCGACACCGCUUUCACGUGCACCGUCAAAGUGGAGAGGUGCGGGUAGUUGCUUCGCUGGGUCCACCUGAAACGCUGCUGGAGGCCUACGUUGAGGCGAGGGACGAAGGCGCCUUUGGUUUAGCUAGCACCGCUAAACUGCUGGUGGAGGUGACCGAUGUGAAUGAUCAUGCCCCGGAGGUAAACUUCAUGUCUCUCUCCACCCCAGUACCCGAGGACGCUGCCCCUGGCACAGCAAUUGCUCUCUUUAAUGUCAAGGAUGAAGACCUUGGUUCUAAUGGUAAGGUCAUUUGUAGCAUAUCCAGUGGUGGCCCUUUUCAGCUGAAGGCUUCCUUUGACAACUACUACAGCCUGUUGAUUGAUGGGCCCCUGGACCGAGAGCAGAUCGGUGAAUACCAGGUCCUGAUCACCGCCUUAGAUGGUGGCUUGCCCCCACUCAGCACCCAGAAGACUCUCACUGUGUCAGUUGCUGAUGUGAACGACAAUACACCCAGCUUUCCUCAACCGCAACAGGAAAUUUUCGUUGCUGAAAAUAAUGGCCCUGGGGCCUCUCUAGGCAGUGUGUUUGCCCAGGACCCAGACCUGGGGAAGAAUGGCCUUGUCUGCUAUGAAUUGUUGGAUGUUGUCUCUGAAGGGCCACCAGCCUCUAGCUUGGUGGCAGUGGAGUCAUCCAGUGGGACUAUCACUGCCAAAACUUCCUUUGACUUUGAGCAGCUCAGAGGGUUUCGCUUCCAAGUAGAAGGCCGGGAUGGUGGCAUUCCUUCCAGAAGUGCAACAGUGACUGUUAACUUGUUUGUGGUCGAUAGGAAUGAUAAUGCUCCAGUCAUCUUGUUUCCCUUACCCAGAAAUGGUUCUGUCCCAGUGGAAAUUGUGCCCCGCUCUGCAAGAACUGGACACUUGGUCACAAAAGUGGUAGCAGAGGAUGCAGACAGUGGUUCCAAUGCCUGGCUUUCCUACCGUAUCUCUCAGGCUUCUGACUCUAGCCUUUUCAGAAUGUCUGCCAAUAUGGGAGAGCUCCGUACUGCUCGCUUAGUUCUUGCCACCGAUGCGGUUAAGCAGAAAGUGGUGAUUGUGGUUCAGGACCAUGGAGACCCACCACUUUCUUCCUCUGUCAUUCUGGGUGUGCUGUUGAGCAAUUCAGUCCCUCAGGUCCUUCCUGACUUUGAAGAUGUCUGGGAACCAGGAGGGCAGCUUUCUGCCCAGAACUUGUAUUUAGUAAUUGCCUUGGCCUGUAUUUCCUUUUUAUUUCUGGGUUGCUUACUUGUCUUUGUGUGUCUCAAGCUGAGCCAAAGCCCACGUUGUUGCUCUCAGAACUGCUGUCACUCUCCAGAGGAUCUGAGAUAUGGAAGGAAGAUGGCAUCAAAUCCUUGCACAUCAGCCACAAUAGAUGUCACUACAGUUGAGAGACUUUCUCAGACUUAUCUCUAUCGGGCCUCCCUGGGACUUGGUUCUGAUAAUAACAGUUUGCUGUUGCGUGGAGAGUACAAUGCUGCUGACUUGAGAAAUCUGGCCACUGGGGUAGGACUGAAUUUGCCAAUAUCCUGUAUUCAGAUUCGGAAUAGGAAAGGGGAUCAUGCAAGUAUCAAUGCCAUGGUAAGCAAAUUUUAUGGAAUUUGAUUCCUUUGACCAGGAGAUUCCUUUGAUGACUGUGUGUUCUAAAAUAUUUCUCAGAUGAGUCUUUCGCAACACUGAAUCAAUUGAAUUGAACACUCCUUCUCAGUAUCCCCUGUGCUAAGAAUUCUGGGAGUAUAAAAGUACUAAAGAUUGUCCUAGGCC